GUCUCAUCCUUGGAUGCACCAAGACUAAAGAAGUACUAAGAGCAUUACACAAACCACUUAAAUGAUGUUCUACUUUGAUUUAUUUCAAGCCUGCGGAUCAAAGACCUCUUCCUCACGGAUCAGCUUGACUCUUCUUUUCUCAAUGCUGUGCAUGUGGACUAGCGUAGAGUGCUGGUCUUACUUCUACUCUAACACCACCAUGAACUGGCAACAAGCUAGAGACUGGUGCCAGGAGCACUAUACAGACAUGGUGGCCAUCCAGAACCAGGAGGAGAUUGGGCAUCUUAACAGCUGGCUGCCAAGAAAAUCCGGCUACUACUGGAUUGGGAUCCGCAAGUUCAAUAAUGUCUGGACCUGGGUGGGCACUAACAAGUCUCUGACAGCAGAAGCAACCAACUGGGCAAAGGGUGAACCAAACAACGGCAAGAAGGGUCAGCGUACGAGGGAGAAUGAAGAUUGUGUGGAGAUGUAUAUUAAAAGGGAUAUGGAGCCCGGCAAGUGGAAUGAUGAGAGGUGUGGGAAACAAAAGACCGCUCUCUGCUACACAGCUGCCUGUAAGAAUGACUCAUGCCUCUAUGGAGACUGCGUAGAAACGAUCAAUAGCCACAGGUGUGCCUGCUUUGAAGGCUUUUACGGAGAGAAGUGUGACCAAGUUGUUCAGUGUAACAAGGAGGAGGUGACUGUCCCAUAUAAAGGACGUGUAAAUUGCACUCAUACCUAUGGGGACUUCUCCUAUGACUCCUUAUGUGAGUAUUCCUGUGAAGAAGGAUACCAGCUGAGUACACCAAGACCCCUGAGAUGCACCGCCUCGAAAAGGUGGUCAGAGCAGCCUCCUUCAUGUGAACUGGUUCAGUGUGAGAAGCUGUCUCAACCAGCUAGAGGAUCCAUGGAGUGCUCCGAUCCUCUGGGCUCCUCCAGUUAUCAGUCCACCUGUGCGUUUACCUGUGAUGAAGGUUAUGUACUAGCUGGUUCACCAUCUGACACU